UCCGGCACAGGUGGCACUGCUCUCCUCGCCUCUCCGUCGCUCUCCCCGCCGCGAUGCCGCCGCCGUGUCCCCGCGGGGCCCUGCCCGGGGCCGCCCUGCUGCUGCUGCUGCUGCUGCUGCCGCUGCUGUGCGCAGCGCCCGAUGUUUCAAGGGGAAAUAAGCUUAAACUGAUGCUUCAGAAACGAGAAGCCCCUGCUGCUGCUGAGAAGCCGGAGGUGUCAGUGAAAGAAGCAGCAGCCAAGGAGUUCCUGAGCAGCCUGAGGCGGCAGCGGCGGCAGCUGUGGGACAGGAGCCAGCCCGACGUGCAGCAGUGGUACCAGCAGUUCCUCUACCUGGGCUUCGAUGAGCAGAAAUUCGAAGAUGACCUCUCCUACUGGACAAACCUGGGGCGUGCUCGUAAUGAGUACUACGGGGGGCACUACCAGCACCACUACGAUGAAGAUGCUCCCAUUGGCCCACGGAACCCACACGCCUUCAGGCACGGGGCAGGCGUCAACUACGACGAUUACUGAUGCCAUUAACCCUACUGCAGCCUGUAGGGCUGCACUGGGCGAGGCUGAGCCCUCCCUCAGUCAGGAUGACCCUGCUUUUUCUUCCAUUCAAGUCAAACAGAAAGAGUAAAGGAACUGCCAGACUUUGAUGAAAGCAACAUGACUUUUUUAAACUAUCAUUACUUAGUAGUACACUAUAUAUAAAAAGUGUUAUAGAAAUAAAGCUUUUUUGAUA